AUGCUGUACAGCCAGAAUCUACCAUGGCGGCUUGCGUUCCGCAACACGACAAGAGGAGCUUCUAGGCGCAGUUCGAAUGUUUCUAGCAGAUUAUAUACUACAUCGCAAAGGAGUCGCAUUCCUGCCGCUACUUCUCCUUCCUUACGACCGUUACUUCCAAUCCAACCAUUAUGGGCAAACUCAAGAUUCUCGACGUCUCCUGCGCGGAGGAAAGACGCAAGCAAGCCGGCAAAGGAUGCGGUAGAGGAGGUCACAGAAGAGCAUGCAAAGGAUAAAAUCGAGGAGCCCAAGGAAGUCAGUGGAGACAAUGUUGCAGAGACCAAGACCAAGAGCCCGGAAUCGAUACCUUCAGGUGGUAAUGCCUCAUCCGGUAGUGCGGCAGAUGGCAAAGGGAGUGCCGCAGCGUCAGGAGCAGCCGGGGACUCUGGGAGCGGAGAUGGGGGAAAGAAGGGGCGGAAGCCAUCUGCUGAGAAAGCAUUGCAGAAACCCACAGUUCCAGAUGUCUAUCCACAGGUCAUGGCACUCCCAAUAUCAAAACGGCCCCUCUUCCCUGGGUUUUACAAAGCGAUCACGGUUCGAGAUCCCAAUGUUGUCGCCGCAAUACAAGAUAUGAUCAAAAGGGGCCAACCAUAUAUUGGGGCAUUCUUGUUCAAGGACGAGAAUGCGGAUGGGGACAUAAUCGAGAAUGUGGACCAAGUGCAUGAUGUUGGAGUUUUCGCGCAGAUCACAAGUGCAUUCCCAGUUCAUGGAGAUGAAACUGCCCUGACUGCUGUUUUCUACCCUCACCGCAGGAUAAAGAUGUCUGCCCUGAUAAGCAACGUCGAUGGAACCACAUCCGUUGAGGUUAAAAAGGGGGAUGGGUCAACCCCAGAUCCCCCGGUGGUGCCAGAUAUCAUUCCACCAAAGCCAACCAAAGAGGAGGGAUCACAGGAAAAGAAAGGUGAUGUUGUGGCUAGUUUCGAGGAGGGAGCAGUUGUGCCAAAGCCCGCCGAGGUACCAACUCCCUAUGACCCUACGUCUUUCCUCCGAAAAUAUCCAGUCAGUCUAGCCAAGGUAGAGAACCUGACGGAAGAGCCUCACGAUCCUAAAAGCGCUAUGAUUCGGGCUCUCACGAAUGAAAUUAUCAAUGUGUUUAAAGAAGUUGCGGCCAUGAAUACUCUUUUCCGCGAUCAGAUUUCGAGUUUCUCUAUGAGCCAAUCUGCCGGAAAUGUUAUGCAAGAACCAGCCAAACUUGCAGAUUUCGCUGCCGCGGUGUCAGCUGGCGAAGUUGCUGAGCUACAAGAAGUCCUUGAGACCUUGAAUGUCGAAGACAGGCUACAAAAGGCCCUCGUUGUGUUGAAAAAAGAGCUCAUGAAUGCUCAACUACAGUCCAAGAUUACUAAGGAUGUCGAGAAGUCGAUCCAGAAGAGACAACGAGAGUACUGGCUCAUGGAGCAGAUGAAGGGUAUCCGAAGGGAACUUGGCAUCGAAUCUGAUGGUAAAGACAAGCUCGUAGAGAAGUUCAGAGAGAGGGGCCAGAAACUGGCAAUGCCAGAGCCUGUUAAGAAGGUCUUUGACGAAGAGCUGAACAAGCUAGCCCAUUUGGAACCAGCUGCUUCCGAAUUUAACGUAACAAGGAACUACCUAGACUGGUUGACACAAAUUCCCUGGGGCCAGCGCAGUGCUGAGAACUUUGGAAUAAGCAAUGCCAUGACGGUCCUAGACGAAGAUCAUCACGGAUUGAAAGAUGUGAAAGAUCGCAUUCUGGAAUUCAUCGCCGUUGGAAAGCUACGAGGCACGGUCGAGGGCAAGAUCUUAUGUUUUGUGGGUCCUCCGGGGGUUGGAAAGACAAGUAUUGGAAAGAGUAUUGCAAGGGCGCUCAACAGACAAUAUUACAGAUUCAGUGUUGGAGGUCUCACAGAUGUUGCAGAGAUCAAGGGUCACCGAAGGACGUACGUCGGUGCUCUCCCUGGGCGAAUUAUCCAGGCUCUGAAGAAAUGCCAGACCGAAAACCCUUUGAUCUUGAUCGACGAGAUUGAUAAGAUCGGACGAGGCCAUCAAGGCGAUCCAGCAUCUGCCUUGUUGGAAUUGCUUGAUCCCGAGCAAAACAAUUCAUUCUUGGAUCAUUAUUUGGAUGUGCCUGUUGACCUUUCCAAGGUCCUCUUUGUUUGUACCGCCAACAUGACUGACACCAUUCCCCGACCACUUCUUGACCGAAUGGAGAUGAUCGAAUUAUCUGGAUACGUCGCUGACGAGAAGAUGGCAAUCGCAGAACGGUACCUAGGACCGGCAGCGAAGGACUUGGCAGGCCUGAAGGACGUCGAUGUCAACCUCAGCAAGGGUGCCAUAGAAGAAUUGAUCAACAAGUAUUGCCGGGAGUCGGGAGUUCGAAAUCUGAAGAAGCAGAUUGAGAAAGUGUAUCGCAAGUCUGCUUUGAAGAUUGUGCAAGAACUUGGCGAGUCCGUCCUGCCUGAAGCAGAGGCUUUGACCGAGGAAGGCAAAGCGGCACAGGAAGAGUCGAAGAAGGACGAGACUGAUGUCAAGGUGACAUCGGAGAAUAUCGAGAAGGAAACCACAGAAGUGCCACGAGUCAGUCUUAAAGUUCCUGAGACCGUUCACGUAACUAUCGACAAGGAGAACCUUAAGGAUUAUGUUGGUCCUCCAGUGUUUACCUCUGAUCGAUUAUAUGAUAUAACACCCCCAGGAGUUGCCAUGGGUCUCGCGUGGACACAGAUGGGAGGAGCUGCGCUAUACGUCGAAUCCAUUUUGGAGAGCGCACUCAGUCGAGAUUCUCGUCCUGGACUUGCAACGACAGGAAAUUUGAAAGCUGUCAUGAAAGAGUCGACCUCCAUCGCAUACUCUUUUGCAAAGUCAGUAAUGGCGAAGCAAUUCCCUGACAACCGUUUCUUCGAUAAAGCUAAGGUACAUCUCCAUUGCCCAGAGGGUGCUGUCCAAAAGGACGGACCUUCGGCGGGUAUCACUAUGGCAACUUCGUUAUUAUCUCUGGCUUUAAAUCAGCCGCUUGACCCUACGAUUGCGAUGACUGGCGAGCUCACUGUCACCGGCAAAGUUCUGAGAAUUGGUGGUCUUCGAGAGAAGACUGUGGCAGCUCGCCGAGCUGGGUCAAAGACAAUCAUUUUCCCAGCAGACAACAUGUCAGACUGGCUAGAGCUCCCAGAUAACAUCAAAGAUGGAAUCGAAGGUCAUCCAGCGAAAUGGUACUCGGACGUCUUCGAUUUGGUCUUUCCACACAUCGACAACAAGAAAGCCAACAAGCUAUGGAAAGACCAGCUUUCGAAAAAGAAGGACAAAGAUGAAGAAGAAGACGAUGAUUGA